GCCUGUAAUUUUGACCACAGCACAAAAGUAGGAUCGUAAAAUAAGUGUUUGUUUAAGCCUAGCAUUUCUCUUUUCUCUUGGCAACUCUCUCUAAGCACACACCUUUUUCAAAAAAUCGAACAUAUUCCAUCGACGCUCUUCAACCAUACCUUAGUCGUUUUGAUUGUUUUUUUUGAAGUGUUUGGACUUUUCCCACCCAAUCUGUAUUUGUUUUGGAUACUCCCUUUUCUGUGAAAAUUCAUUUAUUGGGUCUUGUUUGUCUUCUCCUCCAGUUGUAAAGUUAAAUCUUAGAUAGAGUUAUAAGAUUUAUUGGUAUUGAUAUAUAAUGUUUGGCUCUAGAAACGGAAUGUUUUGUUUGUAGGUUUAGAAAUGCUGAAGCAACGGAUCGAGGGGAUUUUUAGAAUCGGGUAUUACAGAGGAUCUGAAUCCGUCUGUGCACUACAACUGAUCGACGUUUGGUCCCAGAGACAUACCUCUUUGUUCUUUCAAAAUGUACGGGAGGUCCAUGUCGUGAACUUAAACCAGCUUCUCAAAUAUUCUCCUCUGCACAAAACGAGCAUCUAUGGUAGAACUGGUUCUAUGUGGGUUCCAGUGAAGCACAAAUCAAGUGGAGGUGGAAGACCCAAGAAGAAAAUCUAUCACAGAGUCCAUGAACUUGAUAGAGUAAUGGACUUGCAGAAGAAGCCAUCUAUAAUCCUUCAGCUCAAGUCCAUCAUCCAAUCCCAGAAAUACCAGUCUCUCCUUCUCAGAGACCUUGAAAAACAAAUUGGGUUUGUUAAGAAAUGGAGCUUCAUGGCUGUCAUUGAGAAGUACCCUUCAAUAUUCCGCGUUGAUGGUGGUAACCGAACACCCCCUUCUGUUAGGCUCACCGAGAAAGCGCAAAAGAUUGCCAGUGAAGAACCUGAGGCUAGGAAAUUGAUGGAACCCAUCUUGGUUAAGAAUUUGAGGAAGUUGUUAAUGUUAUCUAUUGAUUGUCGUUUACCACUCGAAAAAAUCGAAUUCAUCGAGUCUGAAUUGGGUUUGCCUAGUGACUUCAAGAAGUCGUUGAUUCCGAAAUACCCAGAAUUCUUUACAGUGAAGGAUUUCGAUGGAAAGGCUUAUCUUCAUUUGGAAAAUUGGGAUUCUUCAUUGGCAGUCACUACCCGCGAGGAAAGAUUAGCAUGCGAAGGGGUUAUGCACUCAUCUGUGGGUCGAGGGAAGGUUAGAAUCUCGAAAGACGGUAACUAUCAAGGUCCAUAUGCGUUUAGAAUGGAUUUUCCUUCUGGCUUUAGGCCAAACAUGAGUUAUCUUGAGGAACUCGAGAAGUGGCAGAAAAUGGAAUUUCCUUCUCCUUACUUAAAUGCAAGGAGAUUUGAAGCUAAAGAUCCAAAAGCUCGGAAACGGGUGGUGGCAGUCCUCCAUGAGCUCCUCAGUUUGACUAUGGAGAAGCGGAUGACAUCUGCGCAAUUGGAUGCAUUUCAUUCGGAGUAUCUGUUACCAACUCGAUUAUUGCUUUGCUUGGUCAAGCGUCAUGGAAUGUUUUACAUCACUAAUAGAGGUGCGAGAAGUACUGUUUUCCUUAAGGAAGCUUAUGGUGGUUCAAAUUUGAUAGAUAAAUGUCCUUUAUUAUUAUUCUAUGAUAAGUUUGUAUCACUAAGUGGUAGGAGAGAGAUGAAUUUGCAUGGUGGGAUGCCUUCUUCACAGGUUGUUACCUGAGAAUAGAGAUAUUUCUUAUUCAUGAUUCUGCCCAUCAGAGCCAUGAGGUCUAGCUACCUGGCCUUGACUUGCCCCAAUAAUUAUUCCUAUUUGUGUUGGUUCAUGUUACUGCUAAUGGUUGAUAUCAAUGUAUAAGUAUGCAGUUACCAUA